AUGGAAGCCUUGGAUCUUAGCUCACUCGACGAGGAAUAUUCUAUCAGUCAUGGAAUCCCCGAAUUCCUGACUUCCAACAGUCUCAGAGAAGGACCGGCCGCUGCGCAACCCAGCUUAACCGCCGAACGAGUCGGCUCCGUCGCUGAACAGAACGAUCAGCCAAGUGGUGAUCGUGCAUUACCUCUUCUCCGACUGAGUGAUUGGGACAGCACCAAACAGUACGACAAAAACAAUCCUGAGUGCAUUCACUAUGAUUUCCGGUGGAAGGUCUCCCAACGUGAGAAGAUCCGAGCAAGGCAAGUCUGUUCAGACACAGAUCUCGACCAAGUUCUAGCCCCAAGCGAUUUUUGGAAGAUCAACUUCGAGUCGCGCCUUACGCUCCUGCUGAAAGAUGAGAACAAGUUCCCAGCAGAUACGUAUACGUGUGAAGAAACGAUUGUCGACGUAUCCAUCGAGCGAAGCCGUCAGCGCGGCCUGAAGAAACGGUUCAAGGGCCUAGAGAUCGAUUGGGAUAUCCUGGAUAGCCAUGUGGAAGGCCUUGGCGCCCUGUUCAGCAAGAGGAGGAAGAUAACUUUCGGCGUUGAGUUUAUCUACAAGGAAGCCGUAGGCGACCCAACAUCUAACAAGUGCAAGAAAAAGGGACAAAAUGCCACCGAAGCACAAAAGCUUCAGAGAGCGGCCGAUGCCGGUCUCUGGGCUCGGGUCUACAAGCAUCAUCGCUGCAGAGGCAAAUACUGCAAGCAAGGACCACAUUGCUGGCUUGACGAGCGAGGAAAUCAUCACCGUCUACUACCGAGGCAUCUAGAAGAGAUUUUCAACCAUAUCAAAAGAAACAUAAAGGAAGGAGAAACAGAAGAAGACGUGGAUGUGAACAUUGAGAUUCCAUCCAAAAUCCUCGGGGAUAUACUCAAUGACAGCCGCAAGCGAAAGGCAGAGGACCCGUUGGACUGCCGAACCUGCAAAGCACACACUUCUUCCGGUAGGCUUCAAGAUAUGGGUGGAACAGACUUGCGUGAGGACGGUGUGGAGGUUGAAGGUGAUAGGAUGGACAGGCUCAAAGAAUACUGCGAUUGGGGCCUGCAGCAAGUCAAGAAUGACGAGUGGAGGGAGGCUCUGCAGGCUGCAAAUCGCUUUGCUAUGGACCAGUUUCUCGAGCUGAAUUCCGUUCUGAAGCACCCGAAGGUGGCUGCCGACUUGAUGGUGAAAGGUGGAGUCAAACCGGGCAUUGCGCUGCAGUUCGUGAGCAAUAUCACUAAGUUCCGACAAGAAAUAGAGAGGAUGUGA